CGAGAUGCCUGCCCUUUGUAGCCUGUGUAAGAGAAUGAUCGAUUGAAUAGGUAGGCACCUACGUAGGAAUGUUUGUGUCAAUUAGGACUUUGCAGGUUGUGGUAUAAACUGUUGGGGGAUCGUAGCGAAAGUCUGAUGACCUGCAGGCCUCUAUGUUUGGGGUCAGACACACGCUGGGGAGAUUGCCCGAGAUUAGGUACCUUGGUAGUGUGGCCAGGAACGUCAAGCCACGAGAGCCGGGGGCGACGCUGCGUGUGUGUGGUGUAUUCAUGGAGCAAUGUCUUGAAAGGAAAAUGGUGGUGUUGACCAGAACUUACAGCAUGCAAGUAGCGGUACUAGUGGCACAGCAACAGAUAGAUCUCUACAAUACGAGCUUAUGGGAGUCGAUGGCGGCUCAUGGACUGCGAGCAGUGGCUCAACCAGCUCAGAUUGCCGUCCGCGUACACUGCGCCUAGCUGCUAGCGACAAAGUAUCAUUGAUUGAUGCCAAUACGAAGCGAUAGUGCCAAGCAGCAGAUGCCCACCAUACAAUCUCGACCUACCUGGGGCGGAAACUCUCAUAUCAUGUACCGGUCCCGGUACUGUAUGUUUGCAUCUACCAGCCUGGCAUUCCCCCGAUGCCGUGUAGCAUCACUCGUUCACCCAUCGUGCACUCUGCUCCAGCGCUGCCUGGGCAGCUCCCACGAAUACCUGGAUAGCUACCCAUUAUUUUAGCAUUGCCCCCAUCAAACACUAGGGGCCACGGCACAGAGCAGCAGGAAAGAGGAUCCUGAACCUUCAGCAUUUAC